AUGAGAGGAAAUUUUAGCCACAAACGCAGAGAAAACGGCGACGUUUCAACGGGUGGCGGGAAUGGCAACGGUCGCAGUAGUGGACCUAGUGGAACAGCCUUUUUCGAAUCCGAGGAUACCGCAAAAUCGUUUGAUAAUCGUCUAAACUAUUUGUUGGUCAAUGGACUGGGCUCUGAGGUAGAAGUGACGGUUUUAUCAGGUGUGAGAUAUGGCGGAGUUUUGGUAGGAUGUAAUCCGGAAAACUCCAACGGGAUUGACGUUGUUCUACAAUGUCCCAGAAUCGUUGAUGCGUCCUUUGAACCCGACGAAGCGGAUGUCAUUGCUGCGACUUUGAAAGAUAAAUUGGUAAUCAAAGCGGAAGAUGUUGCAGAACUGAAAUUUAACGGUGUGAAAAUGAACCAAGAAGAUAAAAUCCACAAACCCGUGGGCGAUGCCGAUGCGAAAGAUGUACGUGUUGAUAGCGCAGAAUUCAAGACGGAUCGUGACAUAUCUGGUGGAGUGCGCGGUAAGGAGCGUGAACUGCAAAGAUGGGUACCCGAGGAUCACGAGACGUUUGCAGUGGGAGAAGAACUCGAGGAUUCGGCGGCUCCCUGGAAUCAGUUUGCAGUCAAUGAACAGAAGUUUGGGAUCAAGUCGACAUUUGACGAGCACCUGUAUACGACCAAAGUUAACAAAGAAGAUCCCAAUUUUGCACAGAGGUUGAAAGAGGCAGAUCGGAUUGCCAGGGAAAUAGAGUCACAAGGUGGAUCCGGGAAUGUGCACUUGGCCGAGGAACGUGGUAUAGUGGUGGACGAUUCCGGAUUAGAUGAAGAGGACAAAUAUUCGGGCGUGGACAGGAGAGGUGACGAAUUAUUGGCGUCUUUGAAAUCGAGCGCUAAGAAAACGGCACCUGCGCCCAAAAAAUACUUGCCACCAACGCUCAGAAACAUGCCACAUCACAACGAUCCAGCAAUUAUAUCGUCAGUAACUUCUACGGGCGGUUCCAGCAGCGGCUCCGCGACUGUAGACCGGGCCGAGCCUAGUAAGAAGGUCUCUCAAACGACGAAAAACAAUAAGAAUGAAAGAAACAACCGACUAGAAGAGUUCAAGGAGUUUUCGGAAAAUUUCAAGAUUCCUUACGAUAUGCCUGAGGAAGUGAAAUCGUUGCUCAAGAAACCCGAGGAGUCGCAAACGUCUUUGAAAGUAAACCCUUCGUUGCCACCGAAACCUGUAUCUCAACACGCGGCACAAUCGACUGCGACUUCGACAUCGACACAGUCGAAGAAAUCUCGAAACGCCAAACCACCGACCCCGUCGCAAACUAAAGUCGAGUUGCGAAAAGGUUCAAGUAGACUCAGUUCCCAGACGCAGUCGCCCGUUUCUUCGCCUUCGUCGUCGAGGUAUGCGACUAUUGCAAGAAGACGCAAUGCGAACACCACGUCGUUUUUCGGUAGCAAACCUCCAACGGCAGACAGACCCAAGAAAGACUUGGCCAAGAACUUCAAUUUUUUCUUGAAGUCCAAAGAAGCGUUUGAAUCCACGCAAGAUGGCAAGAACCAAGUCGUUGCUGUUUUCUUCAUUGAAAGACCUUAUUCGACGGCACCCACUUGGUUCAGCAAUGUGGAUCACUCUUACAAAGCGCUGUUCCCCGAUGAACGCACUGCGAUCCAAAAAUCCCAAAUGAAAUUGCAACAGCGCAAUAUGAGCGCCAUGGCCGCAGCAGGGGCGCCUCACAUGAUGGGAUACCCCGCCAUGAUGAUGGGUAUGCCGAUGGCUCCCGGAGGGUCACACAGUCCAUUUGUAGGGGCUCCUGGUGGUGCCGGAGGCAUGUACAUGCCAUUUCAACCCCAACCUUCCAUGUACCAUCCAAUGAUGCAAAUGGCGCCUGCCGGUGCAGAAGACGUAAUGAGUGGCGGCAGCAGUCCAUCGCCAGCGUCGCCACAUGGAACACCCAUGUUUGCAGGCGCAAGUCCGCAUCAAAUGGCCAACCCAUACGGAUACAUGGGAUCGAUGCAAUUUCAACCGAUGAAUUCCGGAUUUCGACAGAAUUAUCACGGUGGUAGACGUCACAGAGGUCAUGAUCGUUGA